CUCAUCUCACGUUGAACUUCCUCAUCCCCUUCGUGUCUUACUGAAUCACUCUAGAUCGAUUUUUUUUCUUUUUCUUUUUCGUUUCCGUUUAAAUUCAUUUACAUCGAGGCAGGGCCUCAUCACUGCCGGAAUGGAUUACGAGAUGGACAUCGAGCCCACGGGGCCUCAAGUUACAGUGCGCGAGGCUGAACCCUACCGAGUCGACUUCAAACUCACCUCCGUCGACCUCGCCUUCGCCAACUCCCUCCGCCGCGUGAUGCUAGCCGAAAUCCCCACGAUGGCCAUCGACCUCGUCGAAGUCGAAAAAAACACCUCCGUCCUCCCCGAUGAAAUGCUCGCGCACCGACUCGGGUUGAUCCCCUUGAACUCGAAGAACUGCGACCAAGACGUCGAGUACACGCGCGACUGCGAGUGCGAGGACCAUUGCGCGCGCUGCAGCGUGACUCUUUCCUUGCAUGCGCGCUGUACGGGCGACGAGAUCAUGCGUGUGUAUGCUCGGGAUCUGGUUAUCGCGGGGGAGAGGGCGAACGAAUGGGUUGGGAACCCGGUGAUCACGGAUUCCGAGGGCAAGGGACCGCUGAUUUGUAAGCUGAGGCGUGGACAGGAGUUGAAGAUGACUUGUAUUGCCAAGAAGGGGAUUGCAAAGGAGCAUGCCAAGUGGGCGCCUACCGCGGCCGUGGGGUUUGAGUAUGAUCCGCAUAAUAAUUUGAGGCAUGUGGAUUAUUGGUAUGAGGAGGAUCCGAUUAAGGAGUGGCCCAUCUCCCAAAAUGCAGCCUGGGAACAUGCUGUCCCUGCCGACCAACCCUUCGACUACGACGCCCAACCGAACAACUUCUACAUCGAUGUCGAGAGCAUUGGCAAUCUCGACCCCGACAUGAUCAUCCAGCAAGGCAUCGUCGUGCUCCAACGGAAGCUCGCCUCCGUGAUCUCCGCUCUCUCCGGGACCGGCGAAGGCGGCGACCGCAACGGCGCCAUGGGCGGCGACGAUGAAGAUAUGAUGGGCGUGCGGAGCCCAGACGCCUACGAGCCGCCCGAGGGUAUCGACGGAGGGUUCACGGCGUAUGCGAACGGAGGCACGAGUGCUUGGGGUGCGUCCGCGGCGACUCCUUACGGCGCGACGCCUUAUGGGGGAGGCUAUGGAUUUUAACUUUUUUUAACUCUUUUCUCCUUUCUUUCUUUCACCUAUCCAUCUUCUUCGUCUCUUUUUUGGUCUCGAUUGGAUUGGAUUGGAUUGUAUCAGGUCUGCAUGUAAGACAAGACAAGAAGAAAGGAAAGGAAAGGAAAGGAAAGGAUUUGUACAAAAAGACCAAGGCAACAGAAAAGAACUCGAGUGAGGAUUCGAUCAGGAUGCCGAUUUUUUCACCCAGCAUUCGUGGAGUUCAGGAGGUUAUUUAUUCAUGUUAUGUUAUGCUCAAGCGCGGUUUUACUACUACUUACCUUGUCUGAACUCUUUUUUUUUUUUUUUUUUUUUUUUUUUU